CUUCUGAAUUUAAUAGUAAAAUUACUUUCUCAAUUUCGCAAUUUUUCAUUUUGUCCGUCGUCUCUUUCCUGUUUUUACCUGAUUCUCGCAGUCAACUCUGUCAACCGAAGCUCAGCCGGCGAAGAUGGAGGCGGAGCAGUACGAAAGCCUAGCAAUCAAGCAGAAUCCCCCAGGUUCUCCGGUCGUACAUCUCUGCCUCAACCGUCCGCGGCAGCGCAACGCUCUUUCUCUCGAAUUCUUCUCAGAAUUCCCGAAAGCCCUCUCGUCCCUCGACCAAAACCCUAGCGUCAGUGUAAUCGUCCUCUCCGGCGCUGGCGACCAUUUCUGCUCCGGAAUUGACCUAAAAAUCUUUGCCUCCAUACAAAGCCAGUCCGGAUCCCUCCGCCCGGGACGUGCCAGUGAGUGGCUCCGCCGUGACAUCAAGUUCCUGCAGGAUGCCAUUACCGCGAUCGAGCGGUGCAGAAAGCCCGUUAUCGCCGCGAUCCAUGGCGCCUGCAUCGGCGGAGCAAUCGAUAUUGUGACCGCCUGUGAUAUUAGGUAUUGCACGGAGGACGCGUUCUUUUCCGUCAAGGAGGUGGAUUUGGCGAUUACGGCUGAUCUGGGGACGCUUCAGAGGCUUCCUGCGAUUGUAGGGUUUGGGAACGCGAUGGAAUUGAGCUUAACGGGUCGUAGAUUCUCGAGUCAGGAAGCCAAGGAGUUGGGUCUGGUUUCCCGGGUUUUUGGUUCCAAGGAGGAAUUGGAUCAAGGUGUCAGAACUGUCGCAGAAGGGAUUGCUGCGAAAUCGCCUCUUGCUGUGAUUGGAACAAAAUCGGUGCUUUUGAAGAGCAGGGAUAUGAAUGUAGAACAAGGAUUGGAUUAUGUAGCAACUUGGAACUCUGCAAUGCUUAUGUCUGAUGAUUUAACAGAGGCCGUCUCUGCACAGUUGCAGAAAAGGAACCCUGUCUUUGCCAAGCUUUGAUCUUUCUUUGUUGUGUGUUAUUUUACUUGCAGCAUAAGAGGGAAAGUGGCACUAUGAUGUCGUUGUUUGUUGUAUUCUGAAUUCGUUCAAAAUCAGAAGUUUGAAGGAUACCUGAAACUCUGCUAUCAGUUGUUGUUUUUGUUGACUGCUCAUGAUCAAAUACAGUUGGCUUCUUGAUAUAUUACUGUCAAUUUUGGGGCAUUUCUUGGCCUUCUCUUUUCAUACAUUAUGAACGAUACAUGUGUUUAACACUGAUCGGGUUCUGAUUCGUAUGCUACAGUAGAUAAGAGUACCGUCGUAACUGAGGCAAUCGAAAUGACGAGCUGAUUAAGAGUUGGUGCCAAACAUCAGUAGCACAUGUAGCUUUUUUUGUUAAUUCAGAAAAUGGUCAAAAUCAAAACAUAAGAAAAGUUUCAUUCAUGUGGUUCCCGUUAGAGUUCAAUCAAUUGUCACCCUUUUCGACUACCUAUGGUUCUUUCUAUUCUUUUUGUUUGGUUUCCUUUGUUUGGUAUCUCUGAUAGCUGAAGAUCGUCUCUUUGACAGGUGAACGAUCACAAAGAUUGCUCAGCACAGCAAGGGAAGAUAUGUGGGAGGUAAAGCCGUCCCCACACAGCAUAAAGCUAAGCCAAGCCAUGAUGCCAUUUGCCAGCAAGAUGGAAGGCAAACUUAGAAAGCUAAGUAAGUGAAGGCGAAGAUUGAAAAUGGCGGGGGAACAGAUCCACGCUCUUUUGUUCCUGUUCCACCAUUCCAAUCCUUCCAACUCAAUCGGUACACAAGAUAAACCCUGCUCUGUUUUUUCUUGGCUCACCAGUUACUAAAUUAUCUUUAUCUCUGAUCUCGAUUCCAAAGUUUGAAUACAGUAUGGGUACGUUAGAAUACGGUAUGUGGACAUAGAGCGGGUAUAUUACUACAUACAUGAUUGCACGUUUGGUGCUGUCCGAAACCAAAUCAAAGCAUAUAUAGGUGUCCAUACACGAUAAGCAAGUGAAGACAGAGAAUUGCAUCUCAUGCAACAUGUUUAUUGAUUGAACUGGAUCCCCUUUAUGUCUAAUUACCUUUUUGUGAUUAGGGAUAGUUAUUAUUGGCGAUAAUGAUUCUCGAAGAUACUUGAUCAAACUCUUUGUUAUGAAAAGUCGGACGAUUCUCCUUAGUAUGGAUGAAUCCAUCUACUUGCCAUAAAAAAAAGAACUUAGCGACGUUUUGGUUUGAAGUGGACAAGUCUUAGAAUGGGUGCAUGAGUAUGUCAUUAAUUAAUAUUUCUUUGUAUUUGAAUUAUGAAGAUAUUACGAUUUGGAUUGAUGGCAAGUAUCGAUCCAUGAAAUUGAUGUGCUUCAGUUCACAUGCAUGUUGUUGGGUAUGGUCAGAGACUUGUAAUUAUCAUAUUGUUCUGUGGAUGGAAUUUUAUUUUCAAUUCGUAUAUUUGGUAUAAUUUUCACAAUUUAUUUUAGGUUAAAUACACUUGAAUAUUCAAAACUUUCACGGUUGUGCAAAUAAUAUCCAAAUUUCCCGAAAUACCACUUAUAUCCAAUUACUUCACAUUCUUUAACGGUGUUUUUGGAUAUACAAGUGUAUUUAACCAAAAAUAUAUUGGAAAAUGGAUAGAUUUGGCAAAGAACAACUUUAAAAAAUCAAAAAUAUAUUGGAAAAUGGAUAGAUUUGGCAAAGAACAACUUUAAAACAUGGAUAUAAAUGGUAUUUCGGGAAAUUUGGAUAUUAUUGGCACAACCAUGAAAGUUUUGGAUAUACAAGUGUAUUAAACUUUUAUUUUAACAAUAAUUAAUAACUAAAUAUACUUGUUUUUUCUUCUUCUUAUAAGGGCGAUUGAUACUGCUCAAUGGUUUUAUGCACCAACUGGUUGAUGACGUUUUUUAAACACACGACGGCUGGACCUGCCCCAAACCGGAUGGCUCGGAUAUACAUUAACUGUGCAGUUCAGCAGCCGGCGAGGUCGUUCGGGGGGAACUGAUUCCAGUACAGCCAUUCAGCUACCUCAAUUCAGCAAGCCACCCGAAUUGCAUUCUAGUGGCGCAGGCUCGGAAGCUCCUGCCAUUGGAUUGACAGGUCAGUUGCUGAUUUUCUUGCUUGUUUAGGCCAUAGCUCACAACUUGGGCGAGAGCAUUCUAGACAAUGCGAUUCGAAUUUUUUGGGGUCAGAUACAGGCCCCCUUGGUUUCUUUAGGCAGUGAAGCUUUGCGGUUAGAGGAGUAGUUGUCACCCUUUUGAGAACAAACAACACUUUAAUUUCGUUUUGGCAGUAGGUGGAACGUGUCCACAUGUAUAGAGAAGAAGAACACUAUUACCACAUUCGUCUUUUGCUUUUGCUUACCUCUUCAUUACUUGUCUUUCUCUCUUGCCUUUUCUUUUUUCUUGUGGCCUUGGAAAACGAAUGAUGCAUCAGCAGCAUUACAGUGUGUAGCUCCAAGAACCAAACGUGCCAUUUGGAGCAAAAGAAGGCCAGAGAAGAAACAGUGUCACGCGGGGGAAAGCAAAAACACCUUGUUUUUUUUUGGGGCAUGGUGUUGGUUGUGUCGCCACCCCGACCACGAACGAAGGUCACUUAUCUUUCACAACAAGACAGACAGGAACGGAUCGUUCGAGGAGGAAACAUCAGCUGGGUGGAACUGGAAGCUUCACAUCCUUAUUUUAUACAUACUACUGUCCAGAAAAAAACCUGGGGAGUUUCUAUUACACUCAUCCAGAAAACUCCUCAGCUUUCUAUUACACUCAUCCUAAUUUCCUAUCAUCAUCUCCUGUCCAGAAAACUCCUCAGGUUUCUAUUACGCUAUCUUCUUCAUUACGGAAACCUUACGUAAUAGACACUCAUUUUACAUAAUGAAUAUUAACCUUUCGUUACGUAAUCUGUUAAUUCAUUACUGGAGAAUUACGUAACGCUUCUGAUUUAACUGUUACGUAUGUCAAGAACCAGUUGCUCCCAAUAACUCGAGUUGUUGGGAGAGGUUCAAUCGUGGAUCAUAUACCACAACACUAACACGCCCCCUCAAAUGAAAGCCACUCACAAAGGCUUGAAGUUUGCACAGGUCUGAAGACAAGAAUACCAUGUGCUUAACAAAUGGUAUUACGGAAGCCUUACGUAAUGGAUGGUCCUUUUACAUAAUGAAUAUUAAUCAAGUUACGUAAUGUGGCAAGUCAUUACGGAAGUCUUACGUAACACUUCUAAUUUAACUGUUACGUAAGAAAUAACCUUCGUUACGUAACCUUUACGUAAUGACCGUGUAUUUUAUGGAACAGUUGUAAAAUGUCAUUAUGGUAGCCUUAUGUAAUAGACAAUGUUUUUACGU